CAGUUCCCAAAAAAAAAAAAAAAAGCUAACCUGUGCAAAGCUAUUUCCGCCAUUUUUGCUCUUCAGUUUGGAGCUGUCUGAGGUUUCUUCUCCUCCUCCUCCUCCUCCUCCUCCUCCUCAUCCUCAUCCUCCUUCCAACUAUCAAUCAAUUUCCCACGCCUCUGCUCUUCGAAUGCAAUCAAUGAGCUCUCUCUCCUCUUCGUCCCUUCCUCCUCCCGAGCGCAUCAUAACCUUCAGAUCACUUCUCUGAGCACGAUCUGAAGUCACAUCCUGCGGAGGAAUCCAUAGAAAUAUAUGGGUGAAUUAGAAGCUUAUGAACGAGAGUUCAGGUGAAAUAGGUGAAAUAAGCGGCAUAUGAUGCGUUGUUGCUGCUCGCUGGUAGAUCGAAUACAGCCUUGCCUCCGCGACUACGACAGGCUCCAGUCCUUCGCCGUUGUCCUCAUCUACAUCCAGAUUGCGUGCGCGUUGGUUGGAUCGCUCGGGGCAUUGUACAAUGGGGUUCUGCUCAUCAAUUUGGCGAUUGCGCUGUUCGCUCUGGUAGCUAUUGAGAGUAGCAGCCAGAGCCUGGGGCGAACCUAUGCGGUUCUUCUGCUCUGCGCCAUCCUGCUCGACAUCGCGUGGUUCAUUUUUUUCAGCUAUGAAAUUUGGCAUAUUUCUUCAGCAGAUUAUGGAUUAUUCUUUAUCUUCUCUGUGAAACUUACUCUGGCAAUGCAAAUCAUUGGGUUUUCUGUGCGGCUGUCGUCGUCAUUCUUAUGGAUUCAGAUGUACAGGCUAGGAGUUUCCCAUGUAGACACUGUACUUCCUCGAGAAGCAGAUUUUGACUUGAGAAAUAGCUUUUUGAGUCCAGCAACUCCUGCAGUUAGACAAACCUCGGAUCCAGAUGAUGUUUUAGGGGGCUCCAUUUAUGAUCCUGCCUAUUAUUCAUCACUUUUUGAAGACAGUCUUGACAACGGAUUUUCAAAUAGGAGUCGCACGAGUGGUACUGGUAAUGACGGUCCUGUAUCUGCUGCUGAAGCUCCUCGGAUGAAGCUACCACAUGGGAAAUCCUUUCAAGCUUCUGAUGUACGUAGAUAUAUGCAUACCUCUUCUUUGAAGCUAAAGGGACUUAUGAAAACAUACAAACCAUUGAGGCUAACACCCAAUGUCGAGAGUCAGAAGAGCCCCUCCCGUACCGAGAGCGCAAUAAGCACGCCUCGCACUGUUUAGAUCAGGAAAGCUUGUCCUUUGCGGUAUCUGUUCCUUGUUUUCUUUGGAGAUACGAUUCAUUUGAUUUGUUGUGGCCCAAGUUACUCGCUGAAAUGGCUUUGUACAGAUUAGUAUUUUUUGGUCGUCUCUUCUAUGAUGAAAGAUGCUGAGCGUUGCCAAGUGAAUGUAGUUUUCUUUGGGGAGGUUACAGUGCAAAACUUGAUUUGGCCGUUCUUCAUCCGUUGAAUCCUAGAAAUAGUUCGGGUUUGUGGGACCUUACUGAGCAUAUGAUCAGUUGCAUACUUUCAGGUGUAGUGUUCAUAAUCAUGGGUUGAGUGACAUUGCUGAAAAUAGUAGAAGUGGCAUCUUUUUUGUCA